AUGAAUCCUGGACGUUUGCAAUUAGCUGGUCUUGAAUUCCGCGGUCAUGCCAUGUUUAGUCAUUAUCAGCUGCCACUUAUUUCCGAUGCACUCGAAUAUGCUUGGUUAAUGGAACUUACUAUGGGUCGACUCUCUGGUCAAGUUACGACCCCAGAACUCGUAACUUUAAUAAACUUCUUAUCUUCUUUCCUGAGUACUGCUACCGAUCUAGAAAACGAACUCAUUCCGUCUCGCAGCUAUGAGCUUUGCCAACAUUCAUGGCCUCAGGAAGCAGGUUAG